UCAUCCUCUUACAACAACCAUUGGGACAACAAACCAACCAACAAUGGAAGUCAAUCGUGCACAUUCUAGUGUCAUACUGGAAAAGCAUGUUCGCGAUCGUACAAGUUUACGCACGCUUAGACAAUUAGCAUUACAAUUUCGACGUGAAACAAUCAAUGGUCCAUCAGAAGUAGCCAAUGCGACUGCAAAAGCAUUAAGGACGGUCGUUAGUGCUGCAAGAUUUCAAAAUUUGGACGAAUUGAUUGUGAUCAUUCGAAGUGCAGGUGCAUUUUUGCAAGAUUCUCAGCCAAAUGAACAAAGUAUUGGAAAUAUUACUAGAAGGAUUUUACACCUUUUAAGAGAAGAAGCAAGAGCGGCAAAUAUUGAGAUCACAAAUACAGAAACAGGGCUACAUGCUCAUUCAUCAUACCAUCAGCCUCAGCAGCAUCAGCCAACUUCCGGCCUUCCCUCAACUUCACUUGAUUCUAGCUUUGACAGAAGUAGCAGCACAGAUACCAGUACACCCACAGCAUCCACCCAUAGCAGAUAUCCAUCAGCAAUUUCAGCUUCAUCUAUCAAUCAACAGCUAUCAGCUUCUUCUUCUGUUUUGGAUGGCAGUCGUGCUUCUACCGCACCCGGAUCACCUUCUAGACCAGCUUUAAGCUCUUUUCGUCCUGGCUCGACGUUUUCGAUUUCUGAUUUGGUAGCAGCAGGUGCAGGUGCUUCUUCCAGUGCGAAUGCAAGCUCAUUUGCCGUUUCUCCAGCAGGCAGUGGAGCAACAACACCGGCAUGGGGUAACUCAAGCUUGGACAGACUUGGCUAUGGUGUAGAGAGGCUAAAUUUGCAUAACGAUGGCAUUGCGGAAGAGACAAACUCGGAGGAAGAUGAAGACGAUGACGAAGAUGAGGACAUUCGUACCGUUCCUGGCAAUCAAUCGAAAAAGACAGUGACAGAAAAUAGUCAUGUUAGCAUUUAUCAAUUGAAACCUCUUUUGAUUCAAGCAAUACAAGAAUUGAUCGACGAAUUGGAGACUGUCAAUAGUAAUAUCGCCAAAGAUGCACGCGAUCAUAUCCAUUCGGGUGAAGUGAUUUUCACAAUUGGGUAUUCUGAGACUGUAGAAGUCUUUCUCAAAGCAGCUGCUAAAGAUCGCAAAUUUACAGUCAUUGUCGCAGAAGCAGCACCGACUUAUAGUGGACAUAAACUAGCAAAAGCCUUAUCUUCCGCUGGUGUUUCGACCCUCUUGGUUCCUGACAGUUCCACAUUUACACUUAUGCCAAGAAUAUCGAAAAUAUUGAUGGGAGCACAUUGUAUCUUGGCAAACGGAGGAUUGUUGGCAAUCGCAGGUGCAAGGAUGGUAGCCGAAGCAGCUCGUGCUCAUUCAACUCCAACGGUAGUUUUGGCAGGCGUCUAUAAAGUUUGUCCUGAUUGGGCAUGGGCACAUUCGACUGCAACAGGCGUUUCAUCAGAAGCGUCUCCUUUGGAUGUUAUUCCACUCAAUGAAGCAGAAGAAGUGGAAGUCGUUAAUCCGAUUUGGGAUUACGUUGACCCGGAAAUGAUUGAUUUAUUGAUCACAAAUGUUGGUGAACAUCCGAUUUCGUUGGUAUACAGAUUAUUAAGUGAAAAUUAUGAUGCACAAGAUCUAAUUUUGGCAUAG